CUCCUGUUGGUGGGUUGGCCAGUGCUCGCCUGAUAACUUUCCUUAGCAUGCACAGGAGCGGGUGUCUGAGUCACCAAGCUUUUACGGGAGAGUUUAUCAUCAUACAGUAGUCUCUCCGGUGAUUUUAAAAGGUUUGGCUCGAAAUGACGACCCAGCAGCCCCCUCUCUCCCAGGAGACUCUGGCCCAGUGUCACCAGCAGGCCAUGGAACCAUGGGGCUCCCAGAGGCUUCGCCAGAGCCGCCAAGGCUCCAUCUCCAUCUUCCGCAGCUCCCUGUCCAGGGACCAACAGCAGCAGCUGCAUCCCAGGCACCCUCCUCUACUCCCGAGGGGCUUCCCCCCUAUCAAGUCCUCAUCCAGGAGCCCCAAUGUCAGCAACCCUAACUCCCCUUUCAUGCGCCGGGACUUGGUCGCCCUGACCAAGCGCUUUUCUUUUGGCGGUUGGCUUCAGGGCAGUCGGGUCAGUUUCUCUGGGUUGCCCCUCCAUCAGCCUGUCCAGCUAGAGAACACCUAUAAGACUGAACCAGAGAAUGGCUGUCUUUUUAAAGCCAGUAAGGUACAGAAGCUUGUGCAAGCCAUGUUGGAUAGUUAUUUGGAUGGGGCCAGCUAUAACGCAGCCUCAGGCAGCCAUCUUAGCCAGAUUCUGUCAGACAUGGUGAAGAGUAAAGUGAAAGAGAUCAGUCCUCCGCGGUACAAGCUGGUGUGUCAGGUGGUGGUGGGGCAGAAGAGGAACCAGGGUCUACGAGUGGCCAGUCGCUGUCUUUGGGACUCACAACAUGAUGACUUUGCAGUUGCAAUGUUCCAAAACCAUUCUCUUUUCACCUUGGUCAUAGUCCAUGGGGUUUAUUGUGAGUGAGUCAUACGCACUGGCAACAACUAUACUGAACAAAAAUAUAAACGCAACAUGUAAAGUGAUGAUCCCAUGUUUCAUGAGCGGAAAUACAUUA